GGUCACGAGGCUAAAUACAGCCAGGCUUCACACUAAAAGUAUAUUGUAAAAACAAAAUUAAAGUAAAUCAUGAAUAGCUAUAUUGUUUUGUUCUAAAAUGGUACUAUUUUUAAUCAGCACGGCAAACAUACAUGAUGAAGGUCAGCUGAAAUAUUAGUCCCUGAAAUAAUGAACCUCUGAACAAUAUGCUUUUUUAUUUUUAUUUUUUAUCUCCACUAUAUCAUCUAACUCCCUAUAACUACCACACACCGUAAUAUUCCCAAUAGGUCAGUUUAAAUAAAAUAAAGUAAAAAAAGAAGAAGGAAUGUUUUGUUGUCCAUGUUUUUGUGAAUGGAAGAAACCGAAAGGAGCUGUCGGUGAAGAUAAGUUCGCGUUUUUUCCCCUUUCUUUUUGUCCCUCUCACGAUCCCUUAGACGUUCGGCUAAUCACAUGACCGGGCAGGGCCACUGCAUCUGCAGCUGCUGCUCUGGAGCUGUCAAAAACUGUCAACAGCAGACUUGUUGUCGGAUACACUUCUGCAUAUGACCUCUUCUUCGUCUGGAGGAGAAGAGAUCAUGAAGCUAAGGAGGCUAACAUUGUACACCUUGUGACCAGUGGCUUGAAGCUUCACUAUGCCGCCCCGCACUUUCUGGUAAACAACAAGGCUUCCAGCUCUCACCAUGGCCUCCAGCUACCCACCUCCCUUUGAGGGCACAGGUGAAGUCAAAGAGGGCUUUCUGUGCCCGUUGUGCUUGAAGGACCUGCAGUCAUUCUACCAGCUCCAGGGCCACUAUGAGGAGGAGCACUCUGGGGAUGACCGGCACGUCCGAGGCCAGCUUAAAAGUUUGGUUCAAAAGGCAAAAAAAGCCAAAGAUAAACUUUUGAAGAGAGAUGGAGAGGACAGACCCGACACCGGUAGUUAUGAGUCUUUCUACUAUGGUGGAGUGGAUCCUUAUAUGUGGGAGCCUCAGGAACUGGGAGCAACAAGAAGUCACCUGGAUGUCUUUAAGAAACAUCGUGCCGCCAGAAUAGAUCACUAUGUCAUUGAAGUCAACAAGCUCAUCAUCAGAUUAGAGAAGUUGACGUCAUUUGACAGAGUCAGCUCAGAUUCUGCUAAAAUCAGAGCAAUCGAGAAGUCUGUGGUGUCGUGGGUAAAUGACUCGGAUGUCCCAUUCUGCCCCGACUGCGGAAACAAAUUCAACAUCCGCAACAGGCGGCACCACUGUCGCCUCUGUGGCUCCAUCAUGUGCAGACGAUGCAUGGAGUUCGUCCCCCUUCCUUUGGCCCAGAAGCUCAUUAACGGGACUCGGGAGGCUCUGUGUGUCCCUGGAAGUCCCGGGCAGUCCCAGACUCUCCCUGCAGGAGGUGGCAGCAGUGGUAUGGGCUCACGCAGAGGCAGCAUCAGCAGCUUAAGCAGUGUAACCUCAAUGCUGGAGGAAAAGGACGACGAAAAGAUCCGCUGCUGCCACCACUGUAUGGACACGCUGCUGAAGAAACAGCAAAAGUUAGACGAGAAGGACCACAUUCCAGACAUAGUCAAACUUUACGAGAGGUUGAGGAUGUGCAUGACGAAGGUGGACGAAAAGGCUCCUGACUAUAUUCGAAUGGCUGAAUCUCUUAAUGCCGGAGAAACAACAUACAACCUGGAUACUGCUGGUGGACUGAGACUGGAAGUGCAGAAAUACUACGAGCUAAUCGAUGCUUUGAGUAAGAAGAUUUUAACACUUGGGCUUAAAGAUGAGCCGCAGCCACACCCAAAGGCACUACAGCUCCAGAAGAUGAUCCGCUACUCCGCUACACUGUUCGUCCAGGAGAAACUUUUGGGCCUGAUGUCUUUACCCACUAAGGAGAAAUAUGAAGAGCUGAAACAAAAGAGGAAACAAGAACAGGAGCGGAGACUCCAGCAAGAGAGGCUGGCCGCCCAGGAGGCUCUAAAGAGGAGACAGGAGUCUGAAAAGAUCAGUUCUCCUGCCAAUGGAGAGCUGCCUCAGUCCCAGAGAGCCCCGCGCAUGACUAAAGCCGGCGGUUGGUUGCCCUCCGCGGAGUCCGUCCAUUCACAGAGCGAGCUGGAAGACCCUCUUCUGCAGCAGAUCCAGAACAUUCAGUCAUUCCUACGUCAGGCGCGUGAGGCCCAGAAAGCCGAUGAGGUCGCCAUGUUGGAGGAGAACCUGCGUCAGCUGCAAGAUGAAUACGACCAGCAGCAGACCUGCAUUGCCAUCGCGCUCUCGGAGAAGCUGGCUAAAGAGGAAAGCUUGCAGCAAGGAGAGCUCCAGCGCCUUGAGGCCCAGGAACUGGAGGAUAGGAGGCAGUGGGGUUACACCGUCAGCUCCACCCAGCCCUCCAUCAACUGGGAGCCUUCGUUGGAUAUCAGCCACGCUGGAGGCUGCCAGGAAGACGAGGACACGACAGAAGAGGUCUUAACUCCUAAAGCUGAAACAAGUGCCCUUGCCGUCAUGGCGUUCCCAACUCUAACAUCCCAGGAGGACUCCCCGCCCAGACUGAGGAGCCUGGGAGGCCAUAUAACUCCCCCUGGUGGUGACACCAAAAGCAGCAGCCCUCUAAACCCUUUCGAAGAAGAGGAGCUGACUCCCACUGAGGAGGACUCAUCCAACCCCUUCUUUGAGGACAUUAAGAAGGAGCGCAGCGAGGUAACAAACGGCAAGAGCGAAUACAACCCGUUUGACGAGGAUGCAGAUUCAGAGCGGAAAUUGGCCGAUGCUGCACUGGGGAACCCUUUCGAGGAGGACGACGCAGACGCGAGUAACCCUUUCACGGAGCCGCCCGGGAACUCGCCCGACGUCUCCACCAAUCCUUUCGACGGGGAAGACGACGAGGAUUUGCCCGACGUGGACAUGAUAGAAGAAGAGCUGCUGCUGCAGCAGAUCGACAAUAUUAGGGCCUACAUCUUUGACGCAAAGCUCAACGGCCGUCUUGACGAAGUGGAGCUCCUGUCAGAAAACCUGAGAGAGCUGCAGCACACUCUGCAGGAGCAGAAGAAAAAUAAGCACUGACAACCCCAAACACCUGCAGAAACUAAGUCCCUAUAGAGGUUCAGAAACCCCCUAAUGUUGCUUUGGAUUAGGUUUAUCAAUACAACACAUACAAAAAAUGUCUUAAUUGGAAGUACAUAAGAGUAUCUCAGUAUCUGCAUUUUUUUAGACAUUAUUCUAGAUUUCCUAAAUGUUUGCUUGAGCUGGAAUCUUCUCCAGCAUGCACAUGGUUUAGCACUGACUCAUUUGUACAGGCAUGCUAACACACAAAUGUAGAAAUCUGAGUUUAAUCUGUGUUCUCACUAAGAAAUAUUGAGGUUUGAUUUAAACAUUCAGCAAAAAAAAGAAAUAAAAACAUGCAAGCAACUUUAAUUAUAGAAACUUAAGCAAAACAUUUUUUUUAUUUUUAUAAGAGCUUUCCUCCAGUUGAAGAAUUAAUUGCACUUUGGAUAUAAGGACAGUUUUGAAGUUUUAGUAAGUAUUAAAAAUGAAUAAAUAACCACACUGAUAACUAACUACAACUUCCAUAACUAUUUACACUACGACGUGAAUAUAACAAGAACAAACUAGUUGCUAACUAAGUAAUAAAUAUAUGAACAAAGGUUUGUUUUUUUUUUAAAUAAAGCUACACUCUGAUCAAAAUGUUCAAAUUGGAUUCUGACACUCAGCCCCGCCCCCUAAGGGAAAUUCCAAUGAAUGUAGUCACGUUUGUGUAAUGUUGCCCAUCAUCUGUAAUGAAAAAAUAUUUGCUAAAUAAUUGCUGUUAAAAUCUGCAACAGUUAUUGUUUUUUUUUUUUUUUACUUUAAAAAAAACUAAAUUUAGAAGCUUAAAAACUCUGAUGAGCAACAUUAAGUGUCUAAAAGCUUUCAAAGUUUAUUCAUUUGGAUUUGAUAUUUUUACGUCAUUUAAAGCCUCAUUUGUUAACAUAAAAAUGCACGAGAUUCCACAGAGAGCCAAGAAACUGUUGUAGUGUUUGUGGAAGCACACCGGUCUGCAAAUGCACCACCUGACCGUCACAUUGUAAGUGUCUUAAACGAGUCCUCUUGGUUUUUUAAUGUAAAGGUUGAACACAUCUGUUAAAAAAAAUGUCACUCUGGCUGUGUAUUGUCAGUUCUGAUGUUUUAGUGAUGUAUCUGUUCAAUGGUUAAAGGAAUGCAGUCAAAGAGCAGCUCAGUUAUUUGGUAAACAGCUCCAUUCAGAACAAACCUAUUCACGUUUGGGUCAAAUUAACAGCUUUAACCUUUUUUCCCGCUAAAAAAUACUAACACUACAUGAAUGCCAGCAAGUAUUUUUGGAUCAGUGUUGUUCACUCUAACCGGACUUGAAUUUUUUUAUUUUUAGUUUUCUGUCAGCUCUGUCCUCCUGUGUUGAGAUGAUAGCAUCUUCCCGGUCUGCUCUUUAAUGACAUCUGCACAGAACAAUAAGCGAAUAAAGUGGCAUUUCAUAUGAUUUAGUGAAUUCUCUGUGAGCUUCUCAAGUGUCUGUUCAUCUUUAGAAAAUGUCAUCCUGGCACUAAUAAAAACAAUCUUCUCAAUGA